AUGUGUGAUCAUCCAGAGUGGCAGAAGGCUCAACGAGGCGAACUCUAUCAUGCUUUUGUCCCCGAACUCAUCGCAGCUCGAGAUCGAUGCAAGCGAGCCUGUGAUAAGUUGAAUUCCUCCGAGUCCACCACCCGCCGCCGAGUAAUCGAACUGUGGAGAGAGAUUACUAACGACACCCGCCCCCUGCCACCUCUGCAGCCAUCGUUGGUAGACGACGACAAGCUGUUCGAAAAGGAACCUUGGAUCUGCGGUCCACUCCGUGCCGAUUACGGCUUCAACAUCUUUCUUGGCCAAGGAGCUCAAUUGAAUUUCAACUCGACCUUCAUUGACACCUGCCCCAUCCGCAUUGGCGCUCGUACCUUGGUUGGACCGAACUGCAGCUUCUAUGCUGGGACCCAUCCUUUUGACCCGGCGGUUAGGAAUGGAACCAACGGUCCCGAACUUGGAAAAGAGAUAAACAUUGGCGAAGACUGCUGGCUGGGAGGAAACGUUAUUGUCUUGCCCGGGGUGACGAUUGGCCGAGGCAGCACCAUUGGAGCCGGAAGUGUAGUGACAAAGGAUAUCCCUGCCUUUCACGUAGCGGCCGGCAAUCCUGCGAGGAUUUUGAGAAGGAUCCAGACGUCGAUGGACCCGAGUCAAGACAACUCAACGGUCGCGAAGAAAGACAGCGAGCAGGGAGCGGAAGGUGUGAUAUCUGCACAAUAG